AUGCGCCCGGGAUUGGGUUUACGAAGUUGCCGUUUCGGACAACUCGUCCAUGUCAUCGUGAAAGGGUCGACUUCGCAAGCGUACCAUGGGACGGGCUACAAGCCCGCAGUUACGGAUGGGCUGACCAAAGGAGGGACCUGGGUUCACACCAUCAGAUCGACGACAGAUUGCAGAAUGAUGGACGUCAAGUCGCCCGUCAUUGGGCAGUGCCUUUUGCGAGCUGGGAUAAUGGAAAAGGAACUCUUCACACUUCGCACUUCUGAAGUGGAUGACUGGGAGGAAUGCUCCGUAUCAUCCGAUUGCUGGAACACAGAGUCAGAGCCUUGGCUCUGGGUGCUGGCCAAUAGCAACGUUUAG